AACUACUACCUUAAAGAAAAGUGGAAGGAAUAAUUUCCAAGAAAACUUAACUGCAAGACACAUCGCAGUUGAGUUGACCCAAGUACAAACCCUUGCUAUUACCCUUUCUUUCUGUUCUUUCCAAUUACAUGCCAUAAAAUUUAAGGUUUUCCACGAGAAUCAGAGCUACUUAGCUAUCUAUAGGAAGAAGACGAAGCACAAUACUAGUUAGUGAGUCAAAAUUCAAAUUGGAAUCAUCCAAAAGUGGGAUAUGGAAGGAGAGAGAGGAGGAGGUGGUGCUUCCAAUUAUGACCUUCAAGUUUCAUUCACCAACACCCCACAAGCCAUACACGAAAUGGGUUUUGUUCAAUAUGAAGAAAACCAAAUCCUUGGCUUCUUGUCACCCUCUUCACAAUCUCAAUCUUCUCACCUCCCUCAAUCCUUAAACAGUGAUACUGUUGUUGCUGCUGCCACCACCACAACUGCUGCAACUAUCGGAUUCAUGAGCCAUAACAAUGAUCUUGUCAACAAAACUUGGAGUAACGACCAGGUAGGAACUCUGGAUCCAAAGGCUGUCGAUGAAGAAAAUUGCACUGGAAAUGCUAGUGAAGGCAACAACAACGCUUGGUGGAGAAGCGCAGCUACAGAGAAGAACAAGGUGAAAAUAAGGAGGAAGCUUAGAGAACCAAGGUUUUGUUUCCAAACACGAAGUGAUGUAGAUGUGCUUGAUGAUGGUUACAAAUGGAGGAAAUAUGGCCAGAAAGUCGUCAAAAAUAGCCUUCAUCCAAGAAGUUACUACCGAUGCACCCACAACAACUGUAGGGUGAAGAAGAGGGUUGAACGACUGUCAGAGGAUUGUCGUAUGGUGAUAACCACCUAUGAAGGUAGACACAAUCACUGCCCUUCCGACGAUUCUAAUUCAUCCGACCAUGAAUGCUUUACCUCUUUCUAGUUCUCCUCCUUUUUUAAUAAUUAUAAAACCAUAACUUUCAUUGCUAUAAGUUCCCAUGUACUUGUCACUUUUCACAACGCUUUGUAUCCAUAAUUCCAUAUAUAUACUUAUUACAACAUUUCCCUCCUUUUCUUUCUCCAUAUUUGGAACGAACUAUACUGUCUCAUAAAAGUUAUUUUAUUGGGUCCAAUCCAUUUAUACGGA